AUGGGAAAAGACGCUACAUUACUGACCAUACACUCACAACAGGAACAGGACUUUCUAUCAGACCUAUUAUUCACAAAACAUAAAAUCGUUGACAACGUGUGGAUUGGGGCUAAAGUAAGCAACAAGAAAGUGACCUGGGUAGAUGGGUCCAAGGAUGACUACACUAAUUGGGAAACUGGUGAACCUUCAAAUGGUACAGACACUUGUAUACAAAUGGAGCCCGCACUACCGAAUACUGGUAAAUGGCGAAAUGAACCAUGCACAAAACAAAACAAAGUAAUUUGUCAAAGUGGCCAAGAUUGGUCACUCCAACACAUUCAGCAAGUAAUAGUUGAUAUGCGAGAUUAUCAGGAAAAUAUUAUACCCAUUGGCUACAUACACGUACAAUUACCAAACCAACCUGAGCCAAAAGUAUUGUGGCCUAAAAUGGACUGGGACAAUAUUACACCAUCAUACGCGGCAAACUUUGUGCAUGGUGAAACAAAUUGCGCUGUUGGAUGGGAACAGUACAUUGAUGAGAAAUGUAUUCAAAUCAUACCUGAUACAUUACAAACUUACGAAAAUGCACUGGAAUUAUGCCAAAAACAGGGGGAAGGGAUAACACCACUAACCAUACACUCACAACAGGAACAGGACUUCCUAUCAGACCUAUUAUUCACGAAACAUAAGAUCGUAGACCAGGUGUGGAUUGGGGCUAAAGUAAGCAACAAGAAAGUAACCUGGGUAGAUGGGUCUAAGGAUGACUACACUAAUUGGGAAACUGGAAGGCCGUCCAAUGAAUCCGAAAAUUGUAUGGCUAUUGAACCGGAAGCUCCUAAUACUGGUAAAUGGGUGGACGAACCUUGCUCCAAGAAAAAUCAAGUACUACCAAACCAACCUGAGCCUACGGUUUUGUGGCCUAAGUUGUACUGGAGCAAUGUUACCCCAUCUUAUGCCGGAUUAUUUUUCAGAGCCGAGGGUGGGACUAGUGAGAAGUUUAAUGGAAAUGUUCAAAAUGACGAUUCACCUAGGAUCAUAUAA